UCAACUUCCUGAACACUUCCUGGUUAACUUCCAGAUGAAUUUAGCAACAUCAUAGAGAAGUCAGUGUAUAAAAUGCUUGGCUUCGUGGAUACACCAUUUUCAUCGACCAAGUAACAUAAAACAGUGGCAGAGAAACAAGAUUAGCAAGCCUCUUUACUGUCGAUUAUUCAUGCAGCGAGAUGAACAACCGUUGUUAUUGUUGUGCCUCAAAAUUUUCACUUUUCAAGAAAGAGUUGGGUUGUAAAAGUUGCGGUCGUUCUUUUUGCUCUGGAUGUCUUACUUACAACGCAGUGUUGCCUCGAUAUGGCAACACUCAGCAGAAGGUCUGCAAACAAUGUCACGGAAACCUCACAAGUAGCGAGAAACAAAACGACGCUGCAAAAUGGUCCCCACCUGAAAACUACAAAAAACGGAUUGCUGCUCUGGAGGCUAAACAAGGUCAGCCAGGGAAUGGAGGCAUUGGGAAAGCCAAAGCAGGCCCAGCCGUCCCUCCCAUACCAACCAGAGGCUUAAGUAAGGAGGACUGGGCUAUCGCUGAGAGGCUGCAGAGGCUGAAGGACGACACUAAACCAAAAUCCAUCCCGUCAGAUAAGGAGAUAGAGUCCCGCCUAGCCGCCCUGAAGGCCCCCAGCCAGCCAGUUCCCUCUGCAGGGGAGAUGGAGGAUCGCCUGGCCGCCCUGAAGGCCCCCAGCCAGCCAGUUCCCUCUGCAGGGGAGAUGGAGGAUCGCCUGGCCGCCCUGAAGGCCCCCAGCCAGCCAGUUCCCUCUGCAGGGGAGAUGGAGGAUCGCCUGGCCGCCCUGAAGGCCCCCAGCCAGCCAGUUCCCUCUGCAGGGGAGAUGGAGGAUCGCCUGGCCGCCUUGCAGGGCAGGCCUCUCUCCUCUCAAUCCCCUCCCCCUGUACAUAAGCCGCCAGAUAACCGGACCCAGACAGAACAGGCCAAUGAUCUGAUAACACAGAUGUCAGAGGAAGUCGCCAUAGACAACAAUCAGUCGAAUCGUGAUGACUGCCCUCUGAACGACCUGAACAAGCGAGAGGGACUGGAGGAGAACCUGGACGAGGGCCCGCACGAGGCCAGGAGGCUGGAGGCUGAGGGGAGGCUGGAGGCUGAGGGGAGGCUGGAGGCUGAGGGGAAUCGCCUGCUGGCUGAGGCCGUGGAUGAGCUGAGGCAGGACCGGGCCUCCCAGGAACACGUCCUGCAGAUGGCCAAGAGACUGGCUCAGCUGAGGGGACAGGACCCUGACAAAGUCACCCUGGAGGACUUCCAGCACCCAGACAGCGAGGAGGAGUCCGAGGAGGAGGCCAUGGCCAGGAUAAUGAAACAGCUCACUGAGGAGGCUGCCCUGGACGAGUCCAGUGGGUACAACAUUCCUCCAGAGCACAGCGGCCCUAGGAACACCGAGAAGAAGGCUGCCAGCAAGACACCGGCCGCAGGUCCAGGCCCCCAGACCAAGCCCUCGCUCGUGGCUCGUCAGGACUCUGACUGUGACGACGAGGAGCUUCCCUGGUGCUGCAUCUGCAACGAGGACGCCUCGCUUCGCUGUCACACCUGCGACGGAGACCUCUACUGCAACCGCUGCUUCAGAGAGGGCCAUGAUAAAUACGACAGGAAGGAGCAUCGCACGGCCAGCUACACUGCUCCUCGGAAGACGAAGAACAGGACGUGAGCUUGCAGGCCUGGGGAGUCCCAGAGUGACAGUCUGGUUCUGUAGGUGGGACUGGGCACUGUACAACCCUUCUGGUUCACAGAACACUGUUCUAAAUUCAACCUAUUGUUCAUAGCCGGUGCAGAGCUGUAAUCAUGUUGCUACGUUAGCAUAAUGCCAAGUGGAGUUACGGAUCAGUGAUGCAGAAUAAGGCUGUAUCUCUGUAAUGUACCCUAGAUUCAUCUAAUGCUGUAACAACAGUUAGUGAUUUUAAACUGUCGGGUAAUUGUCAGAUUUGUCCUGUUAAUGUGUAAUCGCUCAAAUUAAUCUUUUGUUUGCCAAUUUUAAUAUGUGACGUAACUCUAGUUUACUCACAUAACAUGUUAAAUAUUGUAUUUUAACAAUACUCGAAUCUUAUGGAUUUUAUUGGAAUUCUUCUAAAUAAAGUCUGGUAGCUGGA